GGAGGAGGAGGAGGAGGGGGGAGAGGCGGAGGGGACACACGAUCCCGCCGCCAACGCCGCGUCCGCUGCUGAGCCAGAGUCGGGGUUAUGGCCUGAGUUCACCUGAGCUGAGCAACCAGUCAGAACCUGGAUCACUGGAGUUCCAGAAAACCCGCAGUGAAUUGGAGUCAGUCACAGCCUGAGGUCCACUGGACAGAGCUUUGAUCUGAUCCUUAUCAUUGUCCUACCCCCUCCAAUGGGGGACCUGGUGUGACCAGGUGUGACCAUCUGUGAUUGGGCCUGACACGUUUCCUGGGUUCCGCCCAGAUCAGGAGGGAAGGCGUGAGGACUGAGAGCCAACAUGAAGAAGAGCUGCAGCGUGCUGAGUGUGACUGAGGAGGAGAAGGGCCUGGAAAGCUCGGGGGGCGGAGCUGGGGCGGAGCUUACCCGCUACAGCCGCUCCUACACGUCGGGCAGCACACUGGGGGCGGAGCUUCGCCGGGGGCGGAGCCGAAAGCUGUCCGCCAGCCUGCAGGUGCCGUCAUGGCGACACCGUGACCGCGCCCGGUCCCCGGAGAUGCUGGCCAGCACGCCACGCCCCACCACCCUCCCGCUGCGCAUCCCACCCCGCAUCGCCAUCACCCAUGCCGACCCAGACAGUUAUGAUGUGGAGAAUGGCUCAUCUCCCGGUCCUCUGGAUCUGCAGGGGAGUCCUGGUUUGGUGCUGCACCCCUCCUUCCCCCAGAGUCAGCGGCGCGAGUCUUUCCUCUACCGCUCUGACUCCGACUAUGACAUGUCCCCCAAGACCAUGUCUCGCAACUCCUCCAUUACCAGUGAGGCGCAUGCAGAGGAUUUCAUUGUCACCCCAUUUGCUCAGGUGCUGGCCAGUCUGCGCUCUGUCAGAAGUAACUUCACCAUCCUCGCCAAUGUCACCACGCCCACCAACAGGAGGUCACCCCUGGGCAGUCAACCCACAGUUCCCAAGGCAACGCUGUCAGAGGAAACGUACCAGCAGCUGGCCCGGGAGACGCUGGAGGAGCUGGACUGGUGUCUGGACCAGCUGGAGACCAUCCAGACGCACCGGUCCGUCAGCGACAUGGCCUCCACCAAGUUUAAGAGAAUGCUAAACCGUGAGCUGUCUCACCUGUCUGAGAUGAGUCGCUCGGGGAACCAGGUGUCAGAGUACAUCUCCAGUACUUUCCUAGAUAAGCAGAAUGAGGUGGAGAUCCCUUCGCCCACUCAGAGGGAGCAGGAGAAGCCCAUGUGCCACAUCAGCGGGGUGAGGAAGCUGACCCACAGCUCCAGCCUCUCCAACUCCACCCUGCCGCGCUUCGGAGUGCCCACCGAGCAAGAGGAGGCGCUGAGCAGGGAGCUGGAUAACUUGAAUAAAUGGGGCCUAAAUAUCUUCCGUGUGGCAGAAUAUUCCAACAGCAGACCACUCAGCUGCAUCCUGUACGCCAUCUUCCAGGAGAGGGACCUGAUGAAGACGUUCCGGAUUCCGGUGGACACCUUCGUCACCUACGUGAUGACCCUCGAGGACCAUUACCACGCCAACGUGGCGUACCACAACAGCCUGCACGCUGCUGAUGUCACACAGUCCACACACGUGCUCUUGUCCACGCCUGCCCUGGACGCUGUCUUCACUGACCUGGAGAUUUUGGCUGCUCUGUUUGCAGCUGCCAUUCAUGAUGUGGAUCACCCAGGGGUCUCCAAUCAGUUCCUUAUUAAUACCAACUCAGAGCUGGCGCUGAUGUACAACGAUGAGUCGGUCCUGGAGAACCACCACCUGGCUGUGGGCUUCAAGCUGCUGCACGAGGAGAACUGCGACAUCUUCCAGAACCUGACCAAGCGGCAGCGGCAGAGCCUGCGCAGGAUGGUCAUCGACAUGGUGUUGGCGACAGACAUGUCGAAACACAUGAGUUUGCUGGCUGAUCUGAAGACCAUGGUAGAGACAAAGAAGGUUACAAGCUCAGGAGUGCUACUGCUGGACCACUACACUGAUCGCAUCCAGGUGCUGAGGAACAUGGUGCACUGUGCGGACCUCAGUAACCCCACCAAGCCGCUGGCAGUGUACAGGCAGUGGACGGAGCGCAUCAUGGAGGAGUUCUUCCGCCAGGGUGACAAAGAGCGAGAGAGAGGCAUGGAGAUCAGCCCCAUGUGCGACAAACACACUGCGUCUGUGGAGAAAAGCCAGGUGGGCUUUAUUGACUACAUCGUGCACCCCCUGUGGGAGACAUGGGGGGACCUGGUGCACCCGGACGCACAGGAAAUUCUGGACACGCUGGAGGACAACCGGGACUGGUACCAGAGCACCAUCCCCCAGAGUCCCUCUCCUCCCCCAGACAUCCCGGAUAGGGAGCUGGGGGCCUGUGUGGACAAGUUCCAGUUCGAGCUGACCCUGGAGGACGACGGAGAGGGGGGGCCCGAGGAGGAGGACGAGCAGGAACCAAGUCAGAACCAUGUGGCGGAUGGCUGCCCCCGUGAGGAGGAGGAAGAAGAGGAGGAGGAGGAAAACAAAGAGGAAGAGGAAGAGAAGGAGGAAGAUCAGAUGGAGCUGGAGGAAAAAGAAGAGGAGGAGAAAGCUGAGGAAGAGGAAGAAGAGGGAGAAGAAGAAGAAGAGGGCAAAGAGAAGGAAGAGGAACAAGAAGAAGAGGGAGAUGGACAGGAAGCGGAGGGAGAGGAACAGGAAGAGGAAGGAGAGGAACAGGAAGCAGAAGGAGAGACAGAGGACACAGAGCAGGCGGUUGGAGAGAACGGACUCUCAGAAGGAGGCCCAGAGGCUGAGGAGGAGACAGAUACAUGAGGAAGGAUCAGACUUACUAACUCCCUACCCCCCCACUGCCACAAGCCUCCCCCCCUGCAAAAUUCCCCACUGCCACAGACUCCUCCCCCCUUCCCUUUCUCCUCCCUCCUCUGACUGCCAUUGAUGGGGUAGACUGCCUCUAAAUGGGGACUGCAUAACGGGCGUGUAGGGUGUGGGCUAAGUGUGUUAGGAUGGGUGUGUGUGGAUGCAUAAACCAUGUGCGGUUUGUAGACUGGAUAUGUAGUUUGUGGGUAUAUGGGAGUCUAAGCAGAGUGUGCUUGGGGGAAGGGGGUAUAAACUGUGUGUGUGGAUGUGUAGGCUGAGUGUUUUGGCAAUAGAAGACUGGGUGUGGAGGGUGGAGUAAGGGUGUAUAUGACAGUGUAGACUGGAUGCUAA